AUCUGCUUGCAAUGUUCUGCAAUCCCAUUGCCCCACCCUAGCCCUAGCCCUUGCGAACACCAGAGUGAUUUUUUGAAGCUGCUGCAUAUCACAUGAAGUGUUCCUGCGCUAAAUCAAAAUAUGUCAGACCUCACUACAAACCCUACAGCUGGCAGCAGUACACCAGAGAAUAUUACUAUCAUUGUGCCUGUAGUUUUAGGUAGCAUUAUAGUGCUUCUUGUUGUAGCACUUGUGGUCUCGGCUUGUUUAUUUCUAAAGAAGCGCAGGAAGCUAUGUUUUGGAGAAACAUUUGAAGAUGAGAAACCUAUCUUAUCUAGUGACAAUAAGGCACAAGAUAAAGUGUGGCCAUUUAAAAAUAAGCCUGCAAAGCCGAAGCCCAAGAAAAAGAAGAAGCAUGAAAAAGGAAAAUACCACUCCUUGGGAAGAGCUCCACCAAGAUUUAAAAGUGAUCCAUUUGCCAAAAGUUCGAUGGUGAAUCCUUUAGCUGAUGAUUUCGAUCAAGAAGAGGAUUGGACAAACCCUUUGUUUGAUACUGAAAAAGCUGCUGUUCAUGAUGCUGUCAUUUGCAUACAGAGCUGGUAUCGAAUGAUCAGAGUGAGAAUUCCAUUUCUCGAGCUAAGGAAAGCUGUUAUGCUAUGUCAAGCUCUUUACAGAGGCAUUUUGGUCCGCCAGAAUCUUCCUCAGUUGAAAAGAGACAAGCAGCUCAAAGAUCAACAAAAGAAAAAGCAAGCAGGAUGGAAAAAGAAAGGAACCCUUUCAGCUUUGAAAUUCUUUGAAGUAAAGGGAUUUGGAUUUGCGGAAGUAGAACAACUGUAUGGUCUUGAGACAGUUAGAAAUGCAGCAGAACAAUUGAGGUCUCUUUACGGAGGAAAAGGCAAAAUGAAACUCAAGCUCUUCAUCUCGGUUAAAGGCCUAAAGCUUUAUGAUCAUCAAACUUUUAAUCAAUUCGCAGUUGUUAAAAUUUCCAGUGUCUCAUUCUGUACACUGGAUCCAAAGAACAAGAAAAUGUUUGCUUUCAUAAACAGAAAAAAGAAGAGAAACUUUUGUCAUGUGUUUCAAGCCAGUGAACAUGACGCUCAGAAGAUGGUAGAGACUAUAGCAGAGGCUUUUGAGGUUACCUUCAAGAAUCUAGAAGAAAAGAGGGAGAGUCGAGAGAAUACUCGCCUUGCUCAACUGAAAAAGAGGGCAUUUCACCGUCAAAGCCAGGAGCUCGACAUUGAAAUUGCCAGCAUGAUGGAAAUGGCAGAGACUGCCUCCAUAUCUACCUCCUCUGAUAUUGCAGAAAGACAAUCCAUGCCACAGUUAGCACUAGGGCAUUGUCAUAAUAGCCAAUCAGAGUCAAUGGACGGCUCAGUCACUGGUUCCAGGGAGAGACUGAUACCACUGGGACAAAACCGUCACUCAAGAGGAUCAAAUUUAGUUCAAUCACAAAAAGCACCACAUGCACGUUCAAACUCAUUGAUGUUUCAACAACCAUAUGUACGUAGUAAUAAUGAACCUAUGACAAUUUCACUAUCAAAGCAAAGAAGGCAAAUUCAAAUCGACAUUGAAAGUCAUCAUCUGAGCACAAACAUUGAUGAAAUGGUCACCAGAUUUAGUUGAAAGCUAGAUCUUACCUAAUAAGCGUGUUAAUUUACUUGACUAUUUCUAUCUACAUGUAUAUGCUAUAAAUUAUGCACAAAUAUUGCAUAUAUAGUCUGUAUUAUUAUUUAUAUAAUAGCAGCGCUAUAAAUUAAACUCUUGGCUUGAAGUGUAGAUUUAUAGCAUAUAACUGUGUUAUGCAUAAUUAAUUAUAGAGGAGUGUUGUUAUUAUGGAAUGUUAUCAGUGACAA